GUCAGCUGGUGCCGGCGUCAGGCGGAGGGAUGGGCUGGCUGUGCUCGACCCGACGGGGCUUGUUUACUAUGGCUGAUGAUCUGGAGCAGCAGCCUCAAGGCUGGCUGAGUAGCUGGCUGCCCACUUGGCGCCCGACUUCCAUGUCUCAGCUGAAGAAUGUGGAAGCCAGGAUUCUCCAGUGUCUCCAGAACAAAUUCCUGGCCCGAUACGUAUCCCUCCCAAACCAGAACAAGAUCUGGACGGUGACUGUGAGCCCAGAACAGAAGGACCGCACACCUCUGGUGAUGGUGCAUGGCUUUGGGGGUGGUGUGGGCCUCUGGAUCCUCAACAUGGAUUCACUGAGUACCCGCCGCACACUGCACACCUUUGAUCUGCUUGGCUUUGGGCGAAGCUCCAGGCCAACAUUCCCAAGAGAUCCAGAGGGGGCUGAAGAUGAGUUUGUGACCUCGAUAGAGACAUGGCGGGAGACCAUGGGGAUUCCCACUAUGAUCCUCCUGGGCCACAGUUUGGGAGGAUUCCUGGCCACUUCUUACUCUAUCAAGUACCCUGAAAGAGUUAAACACCUUAUCCUGGUGGACCCAUGGGGUUUUCCCCUCCGACCAACUGAUCCCAGUGAGAUCCGUGCACCUCCAACCUGGGUCAAGGCUGUGGCAUCUGUCCUAGGGCGUUCCAAUCCACUGGCUGUUCUUCGAGUGGCUGGGCCCUGGGGGCCUGGGCUGGUGCAGCGAUUCCGGCCAGACUUCAAGCGCAAGUUUGCAGACUUCUUUGAAGAUGAUACCAUAUCAGAAUAUAUCUACCACUGCAAUGCACAGAACCCGAGUGGUGAAACAGCAUUCAAAGCCAUGAUGGAGUCCUUCGGCUGGGCCCGGCGCCCCAUGUUGGAGCGAAUUCACUUAAUUAGAAAAGAUGUGCCUAUCACCAUGAUCUAUGGGGCCAACACCUGGAUAGAUACGAGCACGGGGGAAAAGGUGAAGCUGCAGCGGCCGGAUUCCUACGUCAGAGACGUGGAGAUUGAGGGUGCGUCCCACCACGUCUAUGCCGACCAGCCACACAUCUUCAAUGCUGUUGUGGAAGAGAUCUGUAACUCGGUUGACUGA